AUGUCAGGAAAUCGUUGUCUUCCACGAACAACAAAAAAAACUUUAUUAAUUAAAGAAUUUAAUAAUUAUUUAUUGGAGUCAUAUAAAUCACAUGAUUCAAAUGAUGAAAAAUAUGAAUUAAUAAAUAAAUUUAAAAUACUAUUUGAGAAAAAUGAUUAUAAAAAUAUGAAAAAAAUAUUUUUGGAGUUGAUAGAAGAAAAUAAUCAGUUAUCUAAGAAAUUAGAUGUUUUAGAUUCUGUUGAUCAUCUUAAGGAAUCCAGAUGUAUGCCUAAAUUUAGAUCUGAAUUUCCAGAGAUAUUUGAAAAAAUAAAUACUUUAACAAUGGAAAAAUAUCUUUUAGAAGUUGAAAAUAAAAGACUAAGAUUAGAAGUAAAACAGUUACAUGAUGCAAAUAUAAAAAGAUUAGAACCUUUACUAGAAAAGUCUAUUAAAUGUUUCCAUUGUCAUAAUACAUUUAGAUAUUGUUUUGAUGAAAAUGAAAAAUUUAAUAUUGAAAGAUUCGAAAGGAUGUCAAAAACAUUUAACAAAGGAAUCAAUACAUCAAUGGGUAACAUUUGUUAUAUACCUGUUGUUGAGAAUGGUCAAACUACGACGGUGAAAAAAUCUUCAGUUGAUGAGGAUAUAAAUGAUGGGAAACGUGUAACAGAAGAGUGGUUAAAAAAAAUAAAACGUUCCCAAAAAUCUACAAAACCCUAUCACAUGCUUAUAUCUGAUAGACAAAGGAAAAAUAGAAAUAUAAAAAUGUUAAAAGCAAUGUAUAAAGCAAAUGCUGGAAACAAAAUUGAUCCUGAAACAAUUGAUUACAUUAUAAAUGAAACAGGAUAUGAAGGACAAUUAAAAUUUUCAAUAUCAAUUGAAGAAUUAUCUCCAAUUAUAAUGCAUCAUAAAUUUUCAAACAGAGGUUUAUUUGCUUUAAAAGCUUUAAUUGAUGGUAAGGCUGGAUGGAAAGUUUUUCCAACAAGGCAACAAAUAGCUAGUGUACGUGCCGAUACAUAUGAAAAUCUUCUAAAUAACAAUAGUACUCUAGAAAAUUCAAUUGAUGAUGACAAAAUAGAUAAUUUAAGAAGUUCAAAAAACACACCAGAACAAUGUACUACAAUAUCUAAAGAUGGAGAUGAUAUCAAAGAAGAAAAUACAUUAUAA